AUGUUUAAUCAGCGCAGCGACAUUUGUGGCGCUCUGGAAAGUGGGAACGCCUGCGUCUUUCCCUCGCGCAUCGCGGAGGCUAACAUCUCGACGUGCCCCGCCACGGCCGGGUCACAAGCGCUGUGCCUGGAAGGCGACACGAACUGGCUCCUGCAGAAUGCUGAUGGCAUUGGUUUUGUGAACUACUGCGGCUGGGCUCCGUACCGUCGGCCCCUGCACGAUCCCAACUUCCGGAACGACACCGACUGCCGGGCAGUGAUGCAACGACCCGAGGAUGACUUCGUUGGGGGCUGUGCUUCAGCAGAGUGCCAGAGCCUCGAGGAGUGUGUCGCUCGCUGCGAUCUGUGCGCGAACUGCUCUGCGGUGCUUUACAACAGCCGCGGUGGGACCGCAAUCAGGUGCCACAUGCAGAGCAACGUCUACGUGGAGUCUUUGCAGAGCGCCGCGUUCCCUGUCCCAUGGUCCUUCUACGUCAACGAGCGAAAUGAGGGCUGCCACUCGGUGGAGGAGGUCGACAUCCUUGGGUCCCGAGGUGUCCGGGGCUUCCGUCUCUUUGCCGACCUGGGCUGCUCGAAGGAGCUGGUACCAGACCAGGUCUUUGCACUGGAUGGUGGGGGACUGGUGCGCCUGGAGGGCCUUUGGGUGCCUCGUUGUGCCCUGGCCGGCCACUGCUAUGCCGGAGGUGUCAGCUUGAUGGCCACCUUCAACUCUCCGCAGGUGGUGCGCUGUGCACUUGUAGAUGCGAAGGCUCCUGACAAGUUCAGCCGCGGGUGGAGGUUGGCGAAGAACUCGGCGGAGCUCUCAGGACUUUUGAAGGACCUGGCGCAAGCUGAGUGGCUUGAGGUGGCGCGUUCCGGAGCGAGCCUGGGUGUGCGGGCCAGCUGGGAUGGCAUCACCGAGGUCAACGUGUCCUCUCCUGGGGGAGGCUCCUUGGAUGCCUGGGAUGCCCAGCACAGAGGCAUGGAGGGUGCCAGCAACCUGCUGUCCGUGCUGUCGAUCUUGGUCGCGCUGCUGGCCGGUGGGCUUUGCUUGCUUGCAGGCGCUUUCCUCUACAUCCGUCCACUCGUGCGAGGACCCUCACGACCAAUCAGGCUGGAGGGACGGGUGCCCCCAAUCAUGCUGCCUCCGGCAGCUGUGCGUCUGGAGGAGGAGGGGCUGAGAUUGGACCACAUCGAGGUGUCUGCUGGCAUCCUUGAGGCGGAGCCGGACCAGGCGUCAGAGCAGCACCAAGAGGCCCCUCGGCUGGCCUUCGCCGGUCCGGACGCCUUUGCGCAGCUCCAAGCCCUGCUGGACUUCACCCACCUCUCGGCCAGGACCGCCGCUGCUGGUGAGGAAGCCGAGAAGCAGCCGAUAGCGGGAGUCCAGCUGCGCCAAGCCUUGCAAAUUAUCCAGGACACUAGCAAGUCCCGCCGCUAUGCCCAGCAGUGCGCAGCAAUCAGGCGGAAGCGAACGGAUCUCAAGCCCCUCACCCCCGAGCUCCUUUCUGCCGCCGCGGUGGCGAAGCUGGAUCUCGCUGACGUCAUCAUGGCCCCAGAUGCCGCGGUGAACGAGUCCUACCUUUGGUACCACGGCCCGGUGCGGCACGUGCUGGCGCUGGCCCAGGGACGCUGGGGCGAGAUGGCCAAGGGCGCUCAUGACGGGAUCUGCUUGACGGAGAGCUGCGCAGAGGUGGACAGUGUGCCUGCCGAAGCCGCUGGACACUAUGCGGGCGUCCGUGCGCUCCUCCUCUGUCGCCUCUGCGUUGGAAAGUUCUGCUACAUGGCUGAAUGGGGCCCGGAAGCCCGAAGAGAAGUGGACUCGGGUGAGUUUGACAGCAUCCUCGAGGACAAUGCAGCGCGCCGCGUCCUCGUGUUCAGCCCGGAGCAGGUGUGCCCCGAGUUCCUGGUGCUGUGCUCGCAGAUCGGAGGCAGUGAGGAGCAUCCGCUGGCGCCGCUGGCACUCGAGCUGCCAAUCUACUGGAACCACCUUGCUCGCGACCCCAUCAGUGCGCCCUUCCGGCAGCUCCAACUCGCCGCGCCGGCGCUGGGCCGCCGCCUUCUGACCCUGGCCGGGCCAUGCCAGAGGCACGUGGUGCGGCAAGUGAGGUGCCUGGAGCAUGCCCAGCUGUGGCUUCGAUAUGCGAGUCACCGGAAAGGCAGCCGAAGCACCUCAGCGGACGCCGAGGUGGUCUCUGGCGACCUUCUCACGAACGAAGCCCUCCUAUGGUUGGAGUCGGACCAGGAGGUCCCAGGAUCUCGCGGGCAUUGCCGCCGGCAGCUUCCCCAUCGCAGGCGCCUCCAUGAUCCAUCUCAGCGCGGAUCUGAGCUCAUGCCUCUGCCGCGCACGGCCACGAGGCGGAGCCUACUGCGUCCUGCUUUGCCGGGCGUGCCGUGCACCCGGUGCAGCCCUAUCGGUGGCAGCCAAAGCCGCGCCAUCUCCCUCUCGGCAGUUUGCUGGAGGUCCGUUUGCGCUCAUUCCGUUCCCGGCGGACCACGUAUACCCGGAGUUCGUCGUGGAUGUGGAGGAGAAGGAUACCGAGUGAUCCCGAUGUGA